CUUGGUGAUCAUUCUGGGUAACAGAAACAUGUUGGGUUUUAUCUCCCUAUUCACAUUGCUCGCUUUGGCAACAGCUAGACCCGGAGGUGGCUACUAUCCCAAGGGAGGCUCCGGUGGGGAUGGAAUAGCUGUCAUUCAAACCGGUGGCGGUGGUGGUGGUGGAUCUGGGAUUUUCUUAGGAGGCGGUAGUGGUGGUGGUGCUGCUGCAGCAGCUGCUGCAGCCGCCGCCGCAGCUGCUUCUGCAGGUGCCGCAGGUGGAGCUUUCGAUGGUGGUUUCCAUGGUGGAUACUACCCAGAUCUCUAUUACGGUGGCAUUGGUGGAAUUGGAGGGGCUGGGGCAGCCGCCGGUGCUGCCGCAGGUGCAUCUGGACUUGGUGGAGCAGCCGCUGCUGCAGCAGCUGCUGCUGCCGCUGCUGGUGGAUUAGGAGCUGCAGCAGGUGCUGGUGCUUCCGCAGGUGGAUCAGGUGGAUUAAUUUAUCCUGGACCAAUCUAUCCUGGACCAAUUUACCCACCAGGACCUAUCUAUCCACCAGGACCAAUCUACCCACCAGGACCUUUCUACUUUCCUGGAUCAGGAACAGGAGCUGGCGCAGCAGCUGGUGCAGCAGCAGGUGCCUCUGGCUUUGGUGGAUCUGCUGCCGCUGCCGCCGCUGCUGCUGCUGCUGCAGCUGGUGGAUCCGGUGGAAUCAUCUACCCUGGCCCAGUGUAUCCUUUCCCAAUCUAUCCACACGGACCCUUCUAUCCUAAAGGUGGCUUUAUAGGAAUCGGUGGAGGCGGAGCUGGAGCCGCUGCAGGUGCUGCCGCUGGAGCUGGAGGAUUUGGCGGAUCAAGUGCUGCUGCUGCCGCAGCCGCUGCAGCUUCCGGAGGAGCUGGCGGAUUCGGAGGUCAAGGUGUUUUUCUUGGUGGAUCCGGAAUCGGUGGUUCCUCUAUAGGAAUUAUCGGUGGCGGAUCUGGCGGUGGAAAGAAAGUAUACUAAACUGUGAUGGAAUAUUUUAAUCAAGACAAGACUGCCUGGGGACUGAAUCGUAUUUGUAAAUUAAUAUUAUAAUAAAAAUAUUUGUACUCAUCA